UUGAGUUUGAUAACAACUUGAAUAAUAGUAUGUCACCCAUUAAUCAGCUCCUUACAUGCCUACGAUUUUAUGCCUGCAAUGCACAUUAAAAUUGUAUGGAGACUUUAUUAGCAUGCAUCAGACAACAGCAUCCUGUAUAACUGCAAAAGUUUCAAGAGUAAUAGCAGGUUUAUCAAAUCAAUAUAUCAGAAUGACCAAUGAAGCUGAUGAAAUAAUAAGAGUUCAGAAUAGCUUGUAUAGGAUCUGUAGAUUUCUACGAGUCAUUGGAUGCAUUGACGGGACGCACAUAAAGAUGCAAUCACCAGGAGUUCAAUAUGGAGAAGUUUUUCUCAAUAGAAAGUCAUAUUUUUCUAUAAAUACUCAAAUAGUUGCUGGGACAGAUUUGAAAAUAUUAUUGAUUUUGUUGCUCGAUGGCCAGGAUCUACCCAUCAUUCAACUAUUUUCAAUGCCUCCCAGCUAAGAACACGCAUUGAAGGG